AUGACAGAUGGCCGCCCAUUUACCAUCGAAGGGGAUGCACGAAUACUGGAUGGUUUCAAUCGCCCGGACACGUUGAUGGCCCAAAGACCAGAGCAGGUUCUGGGGGCAGAUCAUAAAUCUAUAUGGAAUCGCAAUCACCAAAAACAACUCAAUGCUUAUGAUCUAAAUCGGGCGUGGACAAAACGCCUUGAUGUACGGCGAUUAGAUGAAUACGGAGAUGUUCUUCCACUGGAAUUUCCAGGCACGUUUACGGAAUCUACUUUUAUUCCAGACGAAGGCGCGUUAUACUCGGCCCUGAGGUUAGCAAAUCCUCACAUGGUACUCAAGACACUGCUGGAUAUCGUUGAGCGAGAUGGCCAUUAUGCUAGUAAAUUGCUAGCAUCCAUACCUGCUACUACUUUCUCGGAAGUCUUACGUUGUCUCGACCCGAAGCAUUUCGUCGAUCGCUACGCCAAUCUACACAAGGAGAUCAGUCCAAGAACUGCACAUCUUCUCGGGCUUCCCAAUGUACACGAGGGAGGCUACCUCCGGUUCUGUGGUGUAUUCCUGAGCCAAGUCAAUAAGAUAAUCACAGCCCGCGCACAACGAUAUCCCGUUUCUACUUCAGACAUCAAAUAUCUUCUCAGAUGUGCUCGAGCAACCGGCGAUACCCAAUCGGCCGAGGCCAUAUGGCGUUCUGUGGCUUCAAUAUCCAGACAGGAUCAGACGAAGAGAAUUAUGCUAGAUGCAGAAUGUUACAAUCACUAUCUUGCGACGAAGUGCUGGUCAGACUCUUUCAAUGCUGCUCGGAGGUAUAAUUUAAGGGUUGUCCCAUCUAACCUUAGAUUGAGAGAAUGGAGCGUACCUCCUUAUGCCUUCCAAGGACACCAGACAGGGCCUGAGAGGGGCAUCAAAGCACAAGCAUCCCAGAUAUUUCGGAAAAUGGUUGAGUCGGGGGUUCCGGGGAAUGAAGAGACUUUCUGUUUGAUGAUGGUAGCUAUGGCUCGCGAAGGCGAUCUUUCUGGCAUAUCCACAGUUCUCCGACGAGUCUGGGAUAUUGAUGUUGAAGCUCUAUUAAAGGAGGACGAGUCUAAAGUACCACCUCCCAGAUCCUUACCCGUCGACUCGCCUUUCUAUCCUUCCGAACAAAUCCUAUUUACCCUCGCUCAUGUCUACGGAAUCAACAACACAGUCCCCACCGCUCUUCGCCUAGUGGAUUAUGUCUCCCGCCAAUACGAUAUACAGAUCCCUGGUAAUGUAUGGAAUGAACUACUCGAAUGGACGUUUGUGCUUGCAGCCGAUCGAUCAAUCCGCAAUACCGAAACCAAUGACGAGGGCUUCAAAAUUGGUAAACUCCCCCCAGCUUCGGUCUCACAUCUCUGGAAUACAAUGACAUCGGAACCUUACAACGUCAAACCGACGAUGGAAAUGUAUAACCGUUUGAUUACGAACCUAAUCCACCGCAGUCGCUUUCGUGAAGCGGAGCAGCGCAUGGAAGAGGCCUAUCGUGCCAAUCUCAAAUACGUCCGCGAACUCUCACGACAAGUCCUAGUCUACCAAUCAACUGCCGCUCAUAAUCCUAUUGCCCCCCAACGCGCGCAAGCGGUGAACCUGGCUCAUCUGCGUGUCAGACGCAAUAGGCUAUAUAUCCGCCGGUGGGUUCGACAUUGGAUUCGGUUAGGUAGCAAGGCGGCAGUCUGGAAAGACACCUCGGGGACUUUCACUGCUCAACACUUGCCGGAUUUCCUUGAAAGGUGGAAAAGCUUCUUACCCGUGAGAGUAAAGUAUUGGAUUGCGGGUGGAGAGGUGAGCUUUGCAACGGGCGUGAAUGCGGCGAACUUUAGGAUGCAGAGGAAAUACGCAAAUCGCGGGAACACGGCCAAUUUACUUUCCAAGAGAAUUAUCUUGCCAAGCAAAGUCUCUAAUCCUGGUAUGCUGGCCAGGAGAUUAGGGCAGGGGCGUUUGAUGGACAGGUAA